AUGAUGCCAGAUAUAUACCCGCCCGCACCACCACGGCUUCUUGUUAUGCUGCAUUUCGCAUUUCCAUUGGCAAUAGAGACGAAUGCAUCGUUGAUGCAAUUAUCAUCUUUGUCAAUAUAUGACGAUAUCCUUCCUGGUAAGCCACCACCAGAGGCGCCAUAA